ACGCAGCGCCACCACCUCUCUCCCCCACCAUCCGCCAUGGGCCUCCUCAAGAACUCCCUCCUGCUCCAAGGGCAGCUGCGGCAGGCUACGGCGCAGGCGGCCGCCGCCGCCGCCGCGGGGGUGGGGCGGCGCGGCGUGGCGACGUCGACGGAGGAAUACAUGCGCCGCAACUACGCCAACAAUGUCUCCGAGUACAACACCGUCAUCGGGUCCCUCGUCCAGCAGCGCAGGCCCUACCUGCUUCGUGAUGCCUACGAUGACAUGCUGCUCGACGGGGUGCAGCCUGUGCGGGACACAUUCCACAGUCUCAUAGUUGGCACCAUGAAAGGCAGCCGGCUACAGGAUGCUUUCUACUUCCGUGAUCAGAUGAGAGAAAUGGGCUUGCAGCCUGAUGUUAACCUUUACAAUUUUCUGAUCUCCGCUUGCGGGAAAUGCAAGAACUCGGAUGCAGCAAUCUUGCUUUUGGAAGAAAUGAAAGCACAUGGCGUUAAGUUGAAAGGGGAAACCUACAUUUGUCUCUUGAAUGCACUUGCAGCAACUGGGCGUACUGAUCAAGUUUAUGCUAUAGUUCGUGAUAUGACUGCCGCUGGACUUGGAUUAAACAAGUUCUGUUAUGCUGGACUAAUAACUGCAUUCAAGAACAAGAGACCAGCCAGUGAGGAUACUCCGGCAAAAAUUUUGGAGUUCGUCCAGCAGUCAAAAGGUUGGCAGUAUGUUGAAAGGGUAGCAAACGAUAGUGCUGAGAAUAUAAUGAUGAAUGUGUCAGAGGAAGAGCUAUACAACUUGCCAACAGCAGAAUUUGCACACAGACGAGGAUUUAUAUUUAAGCAGCUCACAAUUUAUCAUGUUGCUAUUCAUGCUUGUGCAGACUUGCGGAGCAAAGAGACACUCGAAGCACUUCUUGACAUGUUCACUAAAGAGAAUUUUAGUUAUGAUGCCUUCAUUGUGAUGCAAGCUGUAAGGUGUUAUCUUCGAUGUGGAGAUAUUGAUUCUGCUGUUAAGAUGUUUGAAGAGUUCUCAAGCUCAAAGCCCACACCCGCAGAGCUGUUUGUGACACUUGCCGAGGGAGCUAUGAUAGGGUAUACUCCAAGAGGAAUGGAAGUUGCUCAAGCAACCUUGGAGAAAAUGACUGAAAGAAAAUUCUUCUUGAAUCCCAAGAUGGGAACGGAUCUUCUACUAGCAGCUUCUGGUGAAAAGACUGGUGGAUAUACAACUGCAAAUUAUAUCUGGGAUAUGCUUCAAACCCGCAAUAUAGUUCCAGCACUUCCUGCUGUUGAAGCAUACUACAAGGGAUUGAAGGAACGAGAAAUUCCUUCGGACGAUCCACGGCUUGUGAAUGUUGCCCGUGUUUUGGACAACCUGCAACUCCGGUUUGGGCCGAGGAGAAACACUCAGUAAUGCACAGUCAAAGUGCUCUGGUCCCUUGCUGAACCAAUGCAAGUUGAAAAUUGUUUUGGUGAGGUUGCUGGAUGCACCAAUAUGUUCAAUCUCCAGAAAACCAAAUAACCAACCCUUUUAGGACGACACAGAGCAAGGCGAAACCAUCAAGAAUAUCUAUCCGUUGGGCAAUGGCUAGAGUGGAAUUGGCAGGGACCAGUGUAUACAGCCUGGAAGCAGAAAUGUAUUGGUUUUUUUCCCCACCUGUAGCCUAAAAUCUGUUGCUUGAGUCCAAUUUUUGUUCUUAUUGUUUGACCGGGCUGUCUAUCGAACUUUGUGGUUGGGAGCUGUACUGUUUGCCGUUCAAAAUGUGACAUUUAUUAGUUAUCAGUUGUAGGUUUCUGA